AUGAGACCAGUUCAGGCGAGAAACUCCUGGAAACCCAACUUUCUUUUACAUACCACUUCACCGAUCCGUCUCUUUGAACCUCUGUUAUCUGUCCACCACCUUUUUCGUCUCCUCCGGCAGAACAACACCCCGAACUCAAUCGAAACCAGUCUCAUCUCCUCUUCCCCUUCGCAGGCCAGCUCUCAGAUACUCUCACCAACCCCAACCACCAACCAUCGGUCCUCCGCCUACCUCCCCGUGCCGGCUAGUCUUCUCUGCAUCUCGUCCAGCCAGACGCUGGCAGCCUCCACCCCCUGUCCCACUGUCACCGGCCUGCCAUCCUUCCAUCCGACCCUCGGUGGCCCGGACCAUUUGGUCCCUUUGCCGAGCGAACUCUCGCUGCAGCACCAACCCGACCACAGUCGUGACAGUCGUCUUGACCAGCAAGAACAACAUCAACAGCAACAACAACAGAAGCACCAGCAACGACACCAACCGAAAGACUACGAAGUCGGCGACCUACAGCAAGUGCUGCCACAACAGCAUCAUCUUCACGAGGCCGGCGUCUACAGCAACUCAGCCGCCUACCAACAGCAUCUGGCACACCAACACCCGGACCAACUGCACCACCUGCACCACUUGCGGCCGCCGGCCAGUUCUACAACCGCCUAUCCGGCGGUUCUGACGACCGGCCAUCUUGUCGGCUCGUCUGCCCGACGUCCUCCCAACCUGGCCCAGCCUCAAAUGCUCCAGUCUCCACAAUUAAUCUAUCCCUCCAGCCAGCAGCAGAUUCACAACCACCACCACCACCACCAACAGCAGCAGCAGCAGCAGCAGCAGCAGCACCAUCAGCUCAGCCAGCAGCAACAGUACCACAACAGAACGACCUCCAUGCUUCAGGCGGCGGCGGUGGCAGCGGCUGCUGCUGCUGCUGCGGCAGCAGCCUCUGAUUUCACCGCUUUUCCAGACCAAUCCAACUGCUCCGGCCUCCUCGGCCUCUCAGGCUCGACGACGGCGUCGCCGACGACGACGGCAACAACAACGGUGAUAACGACAACGACAACAACAACCACGAUGACGAUGACGACAGCGACGGCAGCGACUUUGGCGUUGAGUCCGGCCGGACAGAAGACGAAUGAGGCCGGCCGAGGAGAGACAAACGUUGCCGACUACUUUGACGCCAACACUGACGCUCCCAGCUCCGGGGUUGCGUCGCUGUUUGAUACAGUCUCCGAGAUGACGGGUAUUCGACAAUUUUUCCCAUUUUUUUGCAUGAAUCAUGUCUUGUAG